UAUAUAAUAAUCACACAUUUUUUUCUCUUAAAUAUAUAGGCUAACUCCGAGACAGGUGAACUUCCAACUACUAUCGACACUUUUUGGAAGUUCCACCAUAAAGGCGACACUUGGCGCAACGAAUACGCAGAACAAGCUCAUGACAAAAUGUAUGAAUUGGCUGCUAAUCAAUCAACCCCCACUGAGGAUCAGCCUGAUGAGACUAAUAUUGAUCCCACCCAGUACUCCCAAGACUUGCCUGUUAUGACGCAAGUACUCGGUGAGCAAUCUCGACAUGUGAGAGGUUUUAGCCAUCUCUCGAGACUCAAGGCAGUUGGGGGCAAAAGAGCACAUACCAUAACUUCUCCUGCCUCACAGACUAUUACUAUGGAACAGUAUAAGGCCUUACAGAAGAAAGUGGAGGAGGCACAGCAGGAAAGUCAGUAUUCGAGGCAGCAGUAUGAAACACAACAAGUCUACCUCAAGCGAUUCGCAGAUCAGUUUGAGUAUCUCUCUCGGGCUGUGCCUGGUUUCAACUUACCUCAGAUGGAUCUUCCACCAUUCCCCACUUUUCCUGGUGCUAGAUCGUCAUCAUCGCAUCCUCCCCAAACUCAGAACAAUGACGAUGAUAUUACCUGCCUUUAGAACAAUAUAUAUUUUAUAAUUAACUUUAAAACUUUACCUUUUUUUUCGAACAUCUUUUAUUAUUUUAUUUGUUUAUUAUUAACUUUAGAAAUUUUUAUUAUUACUUACUAAUUUCAUAACAAAUCGAAC